UCGAAAGCGAAAGACCAGCCCACGCCCACGGCCAGCCACGGGGGAACCGUUUCGACUCGAAUAUACCCAUCGCCGCCAUCACUGAUCCGCCGCUCCCCAUCUUCUCCGCCUCCGCGAUCUCGCCGCCGCCGCCGCCGCCCCCAAGCUCCCCACUGCUCCCCGCCGACGCCUCCCCCGACCAGGAGCUCCCCGCCGACGAGCGAGCGAGCGAGCCGAGGGGAAGGAUGGGGUACAUCGGGGCGCACGGGGUGGAGACGCUGAAGCGGUACAGGUACAGCGGGCAGGACCACUCGGUGGUGGCCAAGUACGUGCUCCAGCCCUUCUGGAGCAGAUGCGUCACCCUCUUCCCGCUCUGGAUGCCACCUAAUAUGAUCACACUCACUGGAUUCAUGUUUCUAGUUGUAUCAGCACUUCUUGGCUAUAUCUAUUCGCCCCACCUCGACACAGCUCCCCCUAGGUGGGUCCAUCUUGCCCAUGGAUUACUUCUCUUCUUAUACCAGACUUUUGAUGCUGUUGAUGGUAAACAAGCAAGGCGCACUAGCUCAUCAAGUCCUCUAGGAGAACUUUUUGAUCAUGGAUGUGAUGCUCUUGCCUGUGCUUUUGAAGCAUUAGCCCUUGGAAGCACCUUGAUGUGUGGAAGGUUUACUUUCUGUUUCUGGGUGAUUGCUGCUGUCCCGUUCUAUCUUGCAACAUGGGAACACUUCUUUACAAAUACACUUAUUCUUCCUUUAAUAAAUGGACCUACGGAGGGCCUGAUGCUGAUAUAUCUAUCCCACUCUUUUACCUUUCUUACUGGCGCUGAAUGGUGGGCACAAGAUUUUCGGAAGUCGAUACCCCUUUUAAGUUGGGUACCCCUUCCAUUUAUUCCAGAUAUCCCCUUAUACAUUAUUGUGAUGAUUCUUAUGAUCCUGUUUGCCGUAAUCCCUACCAUUGGAUCCAAUGUCAGCAAUGUCCAAAAAGUAGUUGAAGCAAGAAAAGGAAGCAUGGUAUUGGCAUUGGCAAUGCUCCUUCCUUUCAUUGCAUUGUUAACUGGAGUUGCUGUCUGGUCUUACCUCUCUCCUUCAGAUAUUAUGAGGAAUCAGCCACAUCUGCUUGUGAUCGGAACUGGUUUUGCUUUUGGAUAUUUGGUGGGAAGGAUGAUACUUGCUCAUUUAUGUGAUGAACCCAAAGGUCUCAAAACUGGAAUGUGCAUGUCUCUGGUGUUUCUUCCUUUCGCUAUUGCAAAUGCUCUCACAGCAAAGAUCAAUGCUGGGAUUCCUUUAGUUGAUGAGCUGCUGGUUCUUUUCCUGUAUUGCGCAUACACAGUGGGCCUUUACCUGCAUCUUGCCGUUUCUGUUGUGCAUGAAAUCAAGGAUGCUCUUGGAAUCUAUUGCUUCAGGAUAACUAGAAAAGAGGCUUGAAUGUGUUCUGAGUUCUUACAUAGCAAUAGGAGGCAUUCUGUCACCUUGUUUCGUUCCAGAUAUUUUUGCCUUUGGCCAUACCAAAUCUCAUCGGUGUGCAUCCUGGGGUCCUGCCCCUUGAACACCACAACAAGCAGUCGUUUGAUCUGUUUGAUGCAGAUGGAUACUUUUGGAGUGUAAUGCAGAAAUAUCUUUAGUCCUAUAUAUGUACAUGUUGUACACCCAGCUUUUGACGUACUUUUGGGUUCCAUAGUUAAGGAAUCGAUAGGUUUUGUACUAUUUAGAUGACAGGAGGAUGAACUAUUAUUGCAAGUGUGGAGUCGUGCCUUGAGCAAACAAAAGCGUUCCAUGAUUGUAGCUGGUUAAUUUGCAUGUCUACCAUAAUGCGUCACCUGUUGUUUCGGCGCCACAUUACUGUAUGUUUCUGUUAUUUUUUUAAAAAGUCUGGUUGAACUCCA